AUGCGGCGCUGGCGGGGCGCGGGGCUGGCGGCGCUGGCCGCGGUGCUGCUCGUGGCUGCGGGCAGAGCCCAGGUGCAGCAGGAGCCGUUGGCACAAACCCCCGAGGGCACGGAAAUCACCAUCAACUGCUCACACCCGACCACACGGACUGGUGACUAUAUCCACUGGUACCGUCAGCUCCGGGGCCGAGGCCCCCAGUUCCUCGCACUUAUUGUUCAAGGCUCCAAAGAGCUACCAGACAAGGCGGGACAGGUGUCGGUGUCGCCAGACCGUCGCUGGAGCACCCUCUGUCUCUCCGGGCCCCGUGUUGGGGACGCGGCGGUGUAUUACUGCGCCGUGGGAGACACGGGGAGAAGAGCUAGGGCUGCGGUCGGGGCUGUGGGCACAGUGGAGGCUGGAGGAGCCAGUGGAGGGCAACGAGCUCCCGAGGAGUCCGUGCUCCUCUCCCGCCACGGCUCCGGAUUCAGCUUCGGGGGUUACAGAAUUCGAUGGUACCGUCGGGCACCGGGAGGCAGCCUCGAGUGGGUGUCUUCCAUCAUCUCCUCGGGCAAUGUAAUGAAGGUCACAACCAAAGAGCUUGUGAAGAUCUCCAAGCAUGGAGACUCCACAACAUGCCUGGGCAACAUGUACCAGGGCUUGGUCACCCUCACGCCGUGA